AUGGCUUCACAACUAGUAUCGCUACCCGAGGUCGAGCGUCUCAGCCCAGCCUGUAUUCGCAUUCUGGGAGGCAACCCUGGAAAGUUUACGCUGCAGGGCACCAACACGUAUCUCGUCGGCACAGGCAGCCGCCGUAUACUCAUCGACACAGGCGAGGGCAAGCCGUCGUGGAUCGCCGCGGUCAAGUCAACCCUCGAGCAGGAAAAGGCGACGGUGGAGAAGGUACUGAUCACUCACUGGCAUCAUGAUCACACGGGCGGCAUCCAGCAGCUGCUAGAGCUGUCUCCGAGCUCAGAGGUCUUCAAGAACCAACCCGAGGAGGGCCAGUCAGACAUUUCGGACGGCCAAAAGUUUGUUGUCGACGGUGUCAGCCUUACCGCUGUCUUCACUCCGGGGCAUACCGUCGACCACAUGGCCUUCGUCUUGGAGGAGGAGGACGCCAUGUUCACGGCGGAUAACGUCUUGGGCCAGGGUACCGCAGUAUUCGAGGACUUGACCGUCUACCUCAACAGUCUCGAGAGAAUGCAGAGCCUGUUCAAGGGAAGGGCGUAUCCGGGUCACGGGCCCGUGGUUGACAACGGCCCGUCCAAGAUUCAAGACUACAUCAACCACAGGAAGGCUCGAGAGGAGCAGGUCAUUCGUACGCUAAGGACGGCGAGGCAAGGCUCUAGUAUCGAGGGCGAUCCCUACGCCUGGACGGUCAUGGAGCUUGUCAAAGUCAUUUACGCUGACGUUCCUGAGGAGCUGCAUAUCCCGGCGAGCGGUGGAGUCAUACAGAUCUUGGGAAAGCUCGAAAAAGAAAACAAGGUGGUCCAGAGUGAUGAGAGAUGGAAGUUGAAAGAUCGAUCUGCGUUAUAA